AUGGCUUUCCUUCCCUACUAUCUUAGUGCUAUUAACAAGGGGCCCUGCAGCAGCUUUUGCUCAACUAUUACGUCUACAUACGGUGGUGGUGGUGACACCAAUGAUGAUAGAAAGCGGUUGAAGAACUACUCUAAAACUGAAAAUUGCGACUAUGGAAGAGUACUUCCAGAGCAGAUUAUGAUUGUGAUCGCAAACAAGUUAGACUUUGUGAGCUUUCAUCGUUUUAGUGCAGUUUGCAAGUCCUGGCAAUCGGCUGCCAAGAAUUUAAGGCUUCAUCAUCACUUUCUCCAUAAACCUCAACAACUUCCAUGGCUGAUGCUUUCCUCCUCAGAGUCAGAGUUUCAUUAUCAUAAUCGUGGUGGUUGUCGUCUUCAUCAUUAUCAUCAUUAUCAUGGGUUUUACAGUCUCUUCCAUGCCAAAGCUUUUAGGUUACAAUUGCCUCAACUUUAUGGCGCUCGGUGUUGUGGCUCUAAUUGGGGAUGGUUGAUAAUGGUGGAGGUAGUGGGUAAUAAUAAUAUGACAUCCAAUAUUCCCUUUCUUUUGAAUCCAUUUACUAGGGUUCGAAUUCAACUUCCACUUCAAUCUACUCUUCCUCCUCCUACUAUCAUCAUCCGUACUAGAAGAGAGGGAUUGGCUCCAGAACAGAGCAGCCCUAACUACAUUCGCCGGGCUAUGUUGUUGUCACCUCCUUCUGCUGCUAACAAUUUGGAUGGAGAUUGUUUGGUCGUAGCGAUUUUUAAUACCCACAGUUUAGCUUUCUGUAGAGCAGGGGAUAGGGCAUGGACCCCCAUCGCCAUCGCCAUCGCCAUUAAAAAUCGGAGGACAGGGAAAUAUUUUGAAGACAUUAUUUUCUAUGAUGGAAAAUUAUAUGCCAUUACUUUAAAUUAUGAUCGUAUACUUGUGGAAUUGGUUCCUCAUCCAAAAGAAACAAGUUGUAACAUUGCUCCCCCAGCAGCAGCAGAAGAAGAAGAAGAGAAAGAUCAUCAUAAUUACCCCAAAUCUGUUUAUUUGGUGGAAUGUGUUGGAGAAUUGUUGAUGGUUAUUAAAUGGGGUAUAUUUGUUUGGGGAUCAGAAAUUCCCGAAACUAAUAAGUUGAAGAUAUUUAAGUUAGAUCUACAGGAUCGGUGUUGGAUUAAGGUGGAGGAUUUGGGUGAUCAAAUGCUAUUUAUUGGCACAAAUACUGGCUUCUCUGUCUCUGCGGCACUUGUUGACCACCGUCUAUUUAAAGGAAAUUGCAUAUAUUUCAUUGAUGAAUACUACUCUCACCUUACUAGAGGCAUACUAUUUGGAGAUAAUGCUACCCAUGAGUUGGGUGUCUUUCACUUGAAAGAUAACCGCUGUGAAAAAUCUUAUUUAUUAGAUUAUUCGCGUUCCUCCCUGUCUCCACCCAUCUGGUUGACCCUAAUUUCUUGGUAG